ACCACACGGACACAUUAAGCAGGUCGGACACAUUUAGAUAAGUGUCAGCUGUGACCUGUUAGCAUCAGAGUUAGCCUCAGAGUUAGCCUCAGAAUUAAUAACAAUAAUAAUAAUUAAUAUUAAUAAUAACAUGUGUGUGUGAGGAGGCGCCAUGCUGGACCUGAGGACUCUGCAGAGGAACCGAACUCUGAGAUACGGACUGCCCAUGAUGCUGCUCGUUGUUGGCGGUUCCUUCGGCCUGCGAGAGUUCGCACAGAUCCGAUACGAUGCCCAGAAGUACAAAAGAAAGCUGGAUCCUUCUCUGCUGGCCAAAGUGGACGUCGAGAGGCAGUCGGCCAUACUGGAGGAGGAGUACGAGAAGGUGAAGGAGUUGAAUUUGUUGCAGUGGAAGAACAUCCGCGGUCCUCGUCCAUGGGAGGACUCGAGGGAGUACCAGGAGCAGCAGCGCUCCAGGCUGAACAAAAAAGAGUGAAGUCCAGCGACGCCGGGCGGACACACACACACACACACACACACACACACACACACUGCAGCCGGUCAGACCAGACAAGUGUGUGUCGUGUUGGACUUGUACACAAGCUGUAGCCUCAAUCACGACUGCUGCUGGCUAAAAUGACGCAGCAUGAGCCAGAAACCUUGAAAAUAAGUUGAAGGUUGAUGUGAAAUUUAAAGAGACGUGCACAGUCACCUGUUGGUGAGUUACUGUAAUAAAAAAACAGCCAGUAGGUGGCACAUGUGUGUCCUCACCUUUCACACACACAAAGCAAGGAAAGGAAUAUAUAUAUAUCAAUGUGUGAUUUCUGCUUCUCAAUAAAUGAUCCAAAUUGUUACUUUUACUUUUAUUUAGUUUCUGAGGCGCUGAGUCUUUGUUUACAGCAGCGCUGCAUUGAUUCAGCAGCUCAAAGAAUGAAAGAAUAAAUAACGGCUCGGUCCGGCCUCUCCUCGGGCUUCAUGGUUCUCGACAGUAAUCUGUUUCUCUGACAGUUAUUACUUUGCAACGCGCUGGAUUUAUUAUGUUUAUGAUGGAAAUAGUAUUACCUUUUUUUUCUUUUUUUGUCCUACAAACCCAAAGAACAUGAUUUUAGCUGCGAGUCUUCAGAGUGUAAGUAAUGUUUGUGUGACUGACGGGGAAUGUAUG